AUGGAAAAAGAAAAAAUGUAAAAGAUUUUGUGGUAGUUGCAAGGUAAUUAUUGUAAGAACUAAGUGUUAAUAUACUAUGUAUUAGCAAAAAAAGAUGAUUAACAGUUUCUAACACUCAAUGAAGAAUCAUUGAACACCCACCAAAACAAUAUCCUUGAUAAAUACACCAACCCAAAAUUAUAUUUUGUGUAAUAUAUUUGUAUUGAGUUCUCCUUUGAAGCUCAACCUAAAAUUAUUGAAUCCUUGUCUCUGCUUCUCUCCUGUUCUUCAGUUCCAACACAGUCAAAAGUGAUCCACUUGCAAAGCCAGACAAGGUUUUAGAGCUAGAGGAAUGAAAAUUCAUGUCAUAACUAGCUUCAAUGGGAUUUGCAGAAUUUGGACAAGUGUUUGUACGUUGCUGGUGAUUUGAAGUUUUAGAGAUAAGAGGCUUUUGAGUUGGUGUAAGGUGGUCUUAAUAUUUAAACAUGGCUGAAAUGGGUUUUGGUUUCUUCGAUUGUUUACUAAUUUUGUCGUUGUUGUUCAAGCAUGUUACUUGUCAACUACCCAACACGGAUUAUUUUUAUGUCUCUGAUUUCCUGAAGAAAAUGGGCUCAAACUCUUACAUGUCCCACAACAACAACUCUAUUUCUGUUUUUACAUGGAAAGGGGUACAAUGCGAUGCCAAAGGGGAGAAUGUUAUUGGUUUAAAGGCUUCUGGUUUAGGCCUAACUGGUUUGAUUCCUGAUUCCACCAUUGGCAAGCUAACCAAGCUUCGGUUUUUGGAUCUUAGCAACAACAAAAUCACAGCUUUGCCUUCAGAUUUAUGGAGUUUAGGGUCACUCAAGAGACUUAACCUCUCCUGUAAUAAAAUUACAGGGUCUCUCUCUAACAACAUUGGCAACUUUGGUCGGCUACAAGUUGUUGAUCUUUCAGACAAUGAUUUCUCUGGGGAAAUACCUGAAACUAUAAGUUCCCUGGUAAGUUUGCAAACUCUUAAGCUUGCUGGGAAUGGAUUUGAAGGAAGCAUUCCAACAGGUAUUCUAAGGUGCUGGUCUUUGGUUUCGCUCGAUCUCUCCUCGAAUCGUCUUAAUGGUACCUUGCCAGAUGGUUUCACUGCAGCAUUUCCUAAGCUCAAAUAUUUGAACCUUGCCAGAAAUGAGAUUUAUGGCAACUUGUUUCAAGGUGACAUUCAUCAGGUAAAUUUCAACUGGUCUCAUUUGGUUUGUUUAGACUUGUCUGAAAACCGGCUUAGUGGCGAAAUUGUCAUAAACCUGAGUCAAGCUCUUAAUCUUAGACACCUUAAUCUUGCAUAUAAUCGAUUUGCUAGACAAAAAUUCCCGAGAAUCGGAAUCCUUUCGAGUUUAGAGUAUCUCAAUUUGUCUAAAACCAGCCUCGUCGGUCAUAUUCCGAGUGAAAUUUCAGAACUGAGUUAUUUACAUACACUUGAUGUUUCAUCAAACAAUUUGAGUGGAGAAAUCCCUGUUCCUGUCUUGCAAAAACUGCCAUUGAUGAAGAGAUUCAACUUCUCUUACAACAACUUAACCCUUUGUGCUUCAGGUUUCUCCCUUGACACCUUUGAAACAGCCUUUUAUGGUUCAUUAAACAGUUGUCCCAUUGCUGCAAAUCCUGUCCUGUUCAAAAGAAGAGCUCAUAUACACAAAGUUUUCACUCUUAACCUUGCUUUAGCUUUAACCCUUGCCAUGGUCUGCUUGCUCGCCGGUUUGCUAUUCUUAGCCUUUAAUUGCAGAAAAAAAUCUAGGACAUGGCUAGUUAAACAACCUUCAUAUAAAGAAGAACAAAAUAUGUCAGGUCCGUUUUCUUUCCAAACCGAUUCGACCACAUGGGUGGCUGAUGUUAAACAUGCAACAUCAGUCCCUGUAAUGAUGUUUGAGAAACCAUUGUUAAACAUCACAUUUGCAGACCUCUUGUCUGCAACUUCAAAUUUCAGUAUAAGCACCUUAGUGUCAGAAGGGAAAUUUGGGCCUGUUUAUAGGGGAUUUCUGCCUGGUGGGAUCUAUGUAGCUGUUAAAAUCUUGGUUCAUGGAUCAACAUUGACUGACCAUGAAGUUGCAAGAGAGCUCGAGUAUCUUGGUCGAAUCAAACACCCGAAUCUUGUCCCGUUAAUCGGAUAUUGCUUGGCUGGGGAUCAAAGGAUUGCCGUAUAUGAUCACAUGGAGAAUGGAAACUUGCAGGACUUAUUACAUGAUACUUGGGAAGAAGACUCUGAAGGGCUAUCAACAUUAACAACAUGGAGAUUUCGACACAAAAUAGCACUCGGCAUUGCACGAGCAUUGGCGUUUCUUCACCAUGGCUGCUCACCUCCAUUAGUCCACAAAGAUGUUAAAGCUAGUAGUGUUUAUCUUGACUUGAACUUGGAGCCUAGAUUGUCGGAUUUUGGAUUGGCUAAACUUUUUGGAACUAGUCUAGAGGAUGAUGAAAUUAGCGGUAGAUCACCUGCCUAUGUAUCACCAGAGUUUUCUCAGCUGGAAUCUGAUGAUGCCCCCACACCAAAAUCCGAUGUAUAUUGCUUUGGUGUUGUUUUGUUUGAGCUAAUCACAGGGAAAAAGCCGAUCGGAGACGAUUAUCCUGAGGAACAAGAAGCAAAUUUGGUUAGUUGGGUUAGAGGAUUGGUGAGAAAAAACCAAGGUUCAAAAGCCAUUGAUCCUAAAAUUCGUGAUACAGGACCAGUUUACCAAAUGGAGGAAGCCCUCAAGAUUGCAUAUCUGUGUACGGCUGAACUUCCUACAAAGCGACCAAGCAUGCAACAAAUUGUUGGCCUUCUCAAGGAUAUUGAACCCACAGCUUCUCAAUGAAGAACAAUGACUAUAAAUUGGCAAAUCAGUUUGGUUUUUUCCUAUGCCACCAUGGGAGGGUGAGGAUGCUUGUAUCUGUUAAACUCUCCUUUAAAUUAUAAUUUUUAUAUACAGGAGUUUAUUACUUGAAAAUUACCGAUCAUUUUACUUUAAAUUUAUAAAAUCUUGUUUGUUAACUCGAGUUGUUCAAAUCUAUUGAUAUUGAAAGUUUAAUUUA